AUGCUGUCUCACGCCGACCUCCUGGACGCCCGUCUCGGGAUGAAAGACGCGGCCGAGCUGCUGGGACACCGGGAGGCAGUCAAGUGUCGGCUGGGCGUCGGGGGCUCGGAUCCGGGGGGACACCCGGGAGACAUGGCUCCCAACUCGGACACGGUGGAAGGGACCACCCUGCUGCCGGGAGAGGACAUCACCACGGUGGGAUCCAACCCCAGCUCUCUAGCCGUCAGCGCCAAAGACGCUGACAAGCAGCAAGGCCAGCAGGGUGGCCAGAACUCCAGCCAGGCCGGGCAGCAGCAGGGUCAGCAGAAGCAGAAGCGGCACCGCACUCGCUUCACGCCGGCGCAGCUCAACGAGCUGGAGAGGAGCUUCGCCAAGACUCACUACCCGGACAUCUUCAUGCGGGAGGAGCUGGCCCUGCGCAUCGGUCUCACCGAGUCCCGGGUGCAGGUCUGGUUCCAGAACCGCCGCGCCAAGUGGAAGAAGCGCAAGAAGACCACGAACGUGUUCCGCGCCCCAGGCACGCUGCUGCCGACGCCGGGGCUGCCGCAGUUCCCCUCGGCCGCCGCCGCCGCCGCCGCCGCCAUGGGGGACAGCCUGUGCUCCUUCCACGCCAACGACACGCGCUGGGCCGCCGCCGCCAUGCCCGGCGUGUCGCAGCUGCCGCUGCCGCCGGCGCUGGGACGGCAGCAAGCCAUGGCGCAGUCCCUGUCCCAGUGCAGCCUGGCGGCCGGCCCGCCGCCCAAUUCCAUGGGCCUCUCCAACAGCCUGGCGGGCUCCAACGGCGCCGGGCUGCAGUCCCACCUCUACCAGCCCGCCUUCCCCGGCAUGGUGCCCGCCUCCCUGCCCGGCCCCAGCAACGUGACGGGCUCUCCCCAGCUCUGCAGCUCCCCGGACAGCAGCGACGUGUGGCGGGGAACCAGCAUCGCCUCCCUCCGCCGCAAAGCACUAGAGCACACAGUCUCCAUGAGUUUCACCUAA